UCUAUAAGGUACGGAGUAUAAAUUCAAAAAACUCAAAACUCUGUUGAACCAAUACUCCAAUAGUCAACCUCGUGUUCCAAAGACCUCCUUUCAACGUUAAAAUAUUGAAAGUUCAAGCUUUCAGCUUGCGAGUUGCGACUGCCAGACUGGUAGUCUGGUACUAAGCUCACAAAUUCCGGAACACCCUUUGCUUUGCAUAGUGUGUUUUCUUAACUCCUAAUAAAAAUAUAAGGAGCAUAGUAGAUCUCAUAUCCAUCGGUUCAUUUGAUUGACUAUCUCAUGCGCUCAUUAAAUCGGAAUGCCCACAAAUUGUUCGUAAUAUUUCCCCAACGAAACUUCUCAACCAGAACCUCAAUAUACAAUGUAACUCAAAAUUUGCAUUACCAAGGCCGAGUCAGUCUCCUGUCUGAAAAUGAACACGGUGAUGUGGUGUCAUGGACAUCGAUGAUCUCAGACUUCGUAAAGAAGAACCAGCCGGAAAAGGGCAUUGAUCUUUUUAAAAGAAUGCUUAUGAGCCAUCAAAAGCCAAACUAUGUUACAGUUCUCAGCUCCAUUCAAGCGUCUUCCUGUAUAGGCUCAGAAAUGUUGGUGAUGGAAAUUCACUGUUUCGCAAUAAAAAUGGGAUUUGAAAUUGAAACACCUAUUAUUACAGCACUUCUUGGUUUUUAUUCUGUUUGGGAUAUGGAAUCCGCAUCUAAGUUGUUUCUACUGGCACCUGACAAAGAUGUUAUUCUGUGGAGUGCAACUAUUUCUGCUUUUGUGAAGGUUGGAGAGUAUAUUAAGGCCAUUGACCUUUUUAAAGAGAUGCAGUUGUGUGGGGUUGUACCGAACUAUGUUAGCAUUUUGAGCAUCUUGCCUGCUUGUGCGAACCUUUCUGCUUUGAGAAUUGGGCGAGAACUACAUGGGUUUUCCAUCAAAAAGUCAUUUAUCUCUCAUCUCAAUAUUCAGAAUUCACUUCUGGAUAUGUAUAAUAAAUGUGGAAGCUUAAAGGAGUCAAUUAAUAUUUUCCGAAAUAUAGAAAGGAAGGAUCUUGUUUCUUGGAAGAGUAUUAUUCAUGGGUGCAAUAAUAAUGACUGCCCAAGAGUAGCCUUGAGUUUUUUCUAUGAGAUGCAGUCUUGUUGCUUCCCAAUGGAUGAGAGCAUAAUAAGGGAGGUAAUUGGAAUGUAUUCCACAUUGGACGAGACAAAGGCUGGACAAGAAAUCCAUAGCUUUGCACUAAAAUUAGGAUUUUUGGAAUUUGUUUCUGUUGUGACCGCUCUUCUCCAAAUGUAUGGUAACUUCGGUAACAUUGGAGCUGCAAGGAGUUUAUUCGAUUCACUUGGCCAAAAAGAUAUCAUUGCUUGGAGCGCAAUGAUCUCAGCAUAUGCCCAAAGUGAGGAACCCAGUAAUGCUCUAGCUAUACUUAAAUGGAUGCAAUGGGAAAACAGGAAACCUAAUGAAUUUUCUUUUGCUAGUUUACUGCAUGCUUGUUCUUCAAUGGAAGCACAAGAUUUUGGAGAAGCUAUACAUGCACAGGUUAUAAAAUUUGGUUAUACAUACAAUGCAUUUUUGGCAUCUGCAUUGAUUUUUAUGUAUUGUAAAUUUGGAAGAAUACAACAAGGGAAAUCUUUUUUUGAUGAAAAUUCUAACAAAGAUCUCGUAUGUUGGAGUUCAAUGAUCAACGGAUAUGGGAUCAAUGGCCUUGGGAGUGAGGCUCUUGAGUGUUUCUUGGAGAUGUUGUCUUAUGGGAUAAAACCAAAUGAUGUUGUUUUCGUAUCAGUUCUCUCUGCUUGUAGCCAUUGUGGCCUAGAAUACGAGGGAUGGAACUGGUUCCAUGCAAUGCAAGAAAAGUAUGAUAUUACACCAAAACUUGCACACUAUGCUUGUAUGGUGGAUAUGCUGAGUCGUCAAGGGAAUGUAGAACAAGCUCUUGAAUUUGUGAAUAACAUGCCCAUCAUGCCAGAUAAGCGGAUAUGGGGAGCUCUUCUUGCUGGAUGUAGAAAAACUCAUUGGGCAAGUGAAAUACACGAAUUAGUUGCUAAACAGCUUAUUUCCUUGGACCCAAAAAAUGCCAGCUAUUAUGUCAUUCUAUCAAAUUUAUAUGCCGAUCAGGGCAGAUGGGAUGAGGUAGAGAAGCUGAGACAACUGAUGGGCGAAAGUAAGCGAAAGAAAUGGAUGGGUUGUAGUGUCAUUGAACUCAAUGCAUAAGCAUGGGAUUUGAAUAUAGCUAAUAAUUAGCAUCAUUCAUUUUCCCAAAUUCAUGUGAUCUUAAGCUAUAAGUUAUAGCCCAAGGUCCUUCACAUGAAUUUGGUUCUGAGGUGUCAGAAGGUGAGUUUUGCUUGUCAGUGUUGCCCCCCCCCCCCCCCUGUUCGUGAUAUUCUGGAGCUAAUAGAAUUAGAGAAAUGCUUACAAAAUUUAAAAGUGCCACAUUUAUGUUAAUGACAGUGAUGAUCUAUGUAAAAGGCCUGCAAGUUAGGCUCACAGAAAAAUUCAAUUCUGGGUUGAAACCGACUCUUAGCACAUUUUAUUUUAUUGUCUCAUGCAAUUAUUAUUGGUCUAUGUUCUUAGGUCUCAUUUCCUGCAAUUUUAGGUAUUUUUCUGUUACUUUCUUGUGAUUGUUGAUUAUUUCUAGUAGGUUGAUAAAUAGAAUCGGACUGAGUUUGACACUUUCUCUUUCAAUCUUUUUUCCUUAAUGUCUGAAGAGUAAAAUGAAAAUUUCUAAGUAAAGCAUGCCUGUGGUUGUAUGUCUUCAUUGUCAUUAUCUUGAAAGUUUGUUGAAGAGUUCAUGAAAUGGUAUAGCUAUCUCUCAGAGAGGCUAGUCCCCUUUCGAAAAAUGAACCUGCAAUCCUGCAUUGAGUGCAGUCACUUAUUAUUUGCAAGGCAGUGUUGAGAUUUACUCCGUUAUCCCUAUUAAUUAAUUUUCUUUGUAGUGUGUUAGAGACCUCCGGAUUCCAGAACAGUUACAAGAAGAGUAACAAGAAAUCAGCUGAAGAAUUUUAUUGAAGAAGAUAUCGAUUACAGAAAAGAAACAGUGUACAAGGCCGAAGCCCCAAAAGAUCGAGAUGUUAAGUCUCGUAUCCUUCCCAGUCCCAAGACCAAAUGUCUAAAAGCCUCCUCUCUAAAUCCCCCUUCCCGUCUAUUUAUACUAUACAAUACCUCAAGUACCCUUAUUACUAAUAUUCUAAUUAAUACUUCUAUUAUUAGUCUAAUAUAAGAGGGUUCCUAUCAUAGUGAUGGAAAAUUAUGAAAAUUUUCCUCAGUCCCUCUACGGCCUUACUCCAUCACAGAUGAAUAUCUUCAUGAAAGAAGACAAUCCUGUAAAUAGACAAUCUAAAAGUGUCAAUGAGGUCUGUUUUUGUUGUUGUAAUGUAUCAUCUCUAAGGGCCUUCAUUACUAAAUUAUGAAAAGGUCCUUAUGUCUAUUGUGAUCUCAUAGGAAAGCAUAUCAUCAAGGCACAAUUAUUUGAGCAAAUGUGGGCUGUGGACCGAUGAUGGUCCUGAAAUGCAGAGUAUGAGUAUGUCCAUGCAUAGUAGAAUGGCUGGUGGGGCAGUGGUGGGCCCAUUGGUAGAUACGAUUCUGAGCCUCCCGAUUUGCCAUCAGAGCUUCUUAAAGCUCGAAUUGUGUAUCUUGGCAUGCCGGUUGUGUACCACUCUCGCUCUACUUCAUACCUUUUAUUUUAAAAUGUGUACUCCCAUAUGUUGUUCUAAUAAGUGAUUUUUUUUAAUUCUAAAUUUGAAUUUGGUCCAACAGAUUGUGCCAUCUGUUGCUGAUCUUGUUCUUGCUCAGUUAAUGUGGUUAGACUAUGAAAAUACUCCAAAGCCUAUAUAUCUUUAUAUAAAUUCAUCUGGCACUCAGGUUAGUUGAUUAGUUCAUGUUACUCAUUGUAUCAUCUUACAAACAAUAUUCAUAUUUAUGUAAAAAGGAAAUGUUGUCAGGUUCUAGUUCAAAAAUUGAAACGGAAAAUGUGUGGUAUAAUAAUGGUUGAUGGUAUUACAUAGGAAGGACUUCAUAACUUUGACCUUGGUUUUUUACAUGCCUCCUAACACUGCUUUUUAAUGAUUACCCAUCCUUUUGUAAUUAGUUUACUUACAUUUGAUAUUUUCUGGGCAGAAUGAAAAGAGGGACUUGGUUCCGAAACAGAUGCAUAUGCAAUAGCUGACUCCAUCAGUGUGAGUAUCUCUGGUGGCAUAAUCAUCACCAUCGGGACUUAAAUCAGGAUUUCAUUCCGCUAACUGUUCCUUUUGGUUUAACACAGUUCUGCAAAUCAGACGUGUACACAGUGAAUGUUGCAUAGGCACAUGCUCAAGCAGCUAUGCAACUGACUUCAUUCUUUUUUUCAUGGUGUCGUCUAUUGUGAAUGAAUGCAACAUCAUUAAUAAGUGCACGUUCUAAGCAUGAGGGGUGGUAGAGUUUAUAGUUCAUUCAUUGUUAUUGAUAAAAUAUAGAAAUACUAAAUAGUACUCCGUAAUAUAGUUUUCAACUUUUCAUAGGUUUGGUAUUAAUUUGUGGCUUAAUACAAAAAGAAUCUAACCUUUGAAGGAAGUGACUAACUUAAAUACUCCAUAGCAUUUAUCGUAUUAAAAUUCAAGCUAGAAUUAGGAAGUGACUAACCUUUGCGCCGAAAGUUGUUAAUUUUUAACGGAAUCUAUCUAACUAAGAUUUCUGUCUUCUUGCAAAGUGUGCAAUCUUAUUCAAACGAUGAAAUUCGAUUUUCAAUUACCAAGACAAUGCAGAAAUAAAUUAAAAAGCUUUUAGAUAUGAUGAGGAAGGAAUUGUACUGACACAUAGUCUGUGUGAAACUAAAAGAUUUAGUGUACGAAGUUAAAUGGAUCUUACUAUCUUGCAUUUAAAACAACAGAUGAUAUGUAAGAAAACAUAAAGGAUAGACUAAAAUCUGUCACUGACACACACCACCUUCAAAUUUUUGUGUGUUUCAAAGCUCCUGGAUGUGGUUUUAACUUAAAAUAAACAUUUACAUUUUUCAAACCCAUUAUCUCCUUUGUAGAUAAGAUCCCAGUGAAUUUUCUCCUAAAAGUCGCAAUGACUUGCAAUGCCCUGAAGCAAAUGUAACAUAGAAAUCAAGGAUGGAAAAAGAUCCUGUCCAUCCAGAGGGACAGAACCCGCUGUC